AUGGUUCUUCGAUCUACACCUGGAGCCGUUUCUGUGUACCAGAUUUCUGGUACAAACUCUUCCAGAUCACUGCCAGAAUGGCUGGCCAAGAAGCGAAAGAAGUCUCUCAAGAACGAUGCCGAGUACUCCAACCGAAUCGAGCUGAUUCAGGAUUUCGAAUUUGCUGAGGCUUCCAACAAAAUUGAGGUGACUCGAGAUGGAGGAUAUUGCAUGGCCACCGGUACUUAUAAGCCUCAGAUCCAUGUCUACGACUUUGAGGAUCUCUCUCUCAAGUUUGAGCGACACACUGACGCUGAGAAUGUUGACUUCAAGAUUAUCUCCGACGACUGGACCAAGAGUGUGCAUCUGCAAAACGACCGAUCUAUUGAAUUCCAAGGACAGGGCGGAAUCCUGACGAAAUCACGAAUCCCAAAGUUUGGACGAGCGCUGGCUUACAACGACGAAAACUGCGACCUGUAUGUUGGAGCUGCAGGAAACGAGGUAUACAGACUGAACCUGGACCAGGGUCGGUUUAUGGCUCCCUUUGAGCUCAGCAGUGCCGGUGUCAACUGUCUGGACGUUAACCAGGCCCACGGUCUCCUGGGUUUCGGUACUGAUGCUGGUAUUGUCGAAUUUUGGGAUCCUCGAAGUAGGAGCAGAGUGGGUAUGCUGGAUGUGGGCGCUCCCGGACUGGGUGGCGGUGCCACAGCUCUCAAGUUCAGAAACGACGGUCUGAACGUGGGUAUCGGUAACGCUGACGGUAUUGUUCGUCUCUUUGAUCUGCGAGCGCCGGAGCCCUAUGUCACCAAGGACCAGGGAUACGGUUUUGGCAUCAAGAAGGUGCUGUGGGUCAACGACGACCAUGUGCUGUGUGCCGACAAGCGAGUCGCCAAGAUCUGGGACCGACGAACCGGAGACGCCUACACCUCCAUUGAGCCCACUGUGGACAUUAACGACGUGGCACACAUCCCCGGUUCCGGUAUGUUCAUGUUCGCCAACGAGGGUAUUCCUAUGCAUACUUACUACAUCCCCAAUCUGGGACCUGCGCCCAAGUGGUGUUCAUUCCUGGAAAACGUCACCGAAGAGCUGGAGGAGAAGCCCAGCACUUCUGUAUACGACAACUACAAGUUUGUCACCAAGCGAGAGCUGGCGGCACUCAACAUUUCACACCUCAUUGGCUCGGCCGUGGUCAAGUCGUAUAUGCAUGGUUACUUCAUUGACCAGCGGCUCUACGAGCAGGCCAAGCUCAUCUCCAACCCUUUUGCUUACAAGGAGCACCGAGAGCGGGAGAUCCGAAAGACUCUGGAGAAGGAGCGGGAGUCGCGUAUCCGAACCUCUGGAACUGGAGCCAUUGCAUCCCGUGUCAAGGUUAACAGGGCUCUUGCUGAGAGACUAUUGGCUGAGUCUGAGGCCGAGGUCACUAACAAGAAGAAGGUGUCUGCCAAGGAGACUUCCAAGGCUGCUCUUUCCGACGAUCGAUUCGCUGGCAUUUUCGAGAACCCCGAUUUCGAGGUCGACGAGAAUGCUGCAGAGUUCAAGCAGCUCAACCCUUCGCACAAGAAGGUCAAGGGCCAGCAGUAUGGUGAGGCACCUCUGCGAACUACUGCCCGACCCCUUACUGCUGCUGAGGAGGAGGCCAUGGAGGAGAAUAACGGCUACUCGUCCGAUGAGCACGUGGAGGCUACUGAUGAGGAGCCCGACUCUGAGGAUGAGCGAAAGGCCGCCAAGAAGAAGGCUCUGGCAGAGAAGCGGGCUGAGAAGAAGGCUGCUGAGCGUGCAGCCUUCCAGGCCAAGCGUGCUGACAAUAUCAAGAUGACUACGGGCUCUGAGGCUGCUCGAGAGGAGAUUCCCGAUGACGACUUUGCUGACCGAGUGGCUGAUCUCGAGGCUGAGGAGGACCGGCACGUCAUGAAGAACGUCAAGAUGUCCAAGGGCGCUGGAGGAGCCGUGGAGAUGACUUUUGUGCCUCAGGGAAGCGGCAAUAAGGGUCGUGGUCCUCGACCCAAGCGAGAUGGAGAUGAAGAGGAGGCACGGGACACUGGAAAGAGCAGACAGGAGUAUGAUGGUCGACGACGGGCUGGCAAGAACGCCUUCCGAGGUAUGUAA